AUGUCGGCGGAAGAAAACACCUAUUUUUCGUCUAUGUCCUCGAGCGCCCUUACCGAUCUGAGUUCGUACUCAGUCGACUCCAGCUCGUCUGCCUCGGAGUCCGACAAACGCUAUAGAAGUCCAAACAUCGCUUCCAGGAGAAAAGGUAAUACACAUACCUUCAUGGUCGCGACCAGGGUUAGUCCAUCGACGUAUGAGGCGUCUCCGGUGCGAAAGGCGCCUCAGUAUGCGCGAGCGAAUCAAGACCUUUCUGUGGACGAGUCAGAGAACAUGGAGUUGAUGAAUUAUGUACAUGAUUAUGAAGGUUCACGGUUAGCGGUGUAUGUACCUGUUGAGCCGGUAACAGAACAGGUCUGGUUCCCGGAGCGUCGGGCACGGUACAUUAGUUUGGCGAGCGAAAGCGAAAGUUACCACGAAAUGGUGCGUGCGCCGAGUGAGUCGAUGGCUUCAGUGCAGCCGUCUAUGGAGUAUCCGCAGAGCGACAGUAGCGAGAGUUUGCCGCCACCAGUGGUGUUUCCGCGUGAGCCUGAGCCUGAGAUUCCGCCUAGUGAGUCGAGUUCGUCCUCCUCCAGUUCGGAGGACGUGGAAAUUCCCGAAUGGUUGGUGACUGCUGCAAAUGCUGAAAUGAUUGAUCCCAAUGUGAUGAAACCGUUUUUGAGGGAGGGCGGUUUCGAAGCUAAGAGUAUGACCACGCUGUUGAAGGCGAAUAAGCGGGACCUGGAGACCUUCCCGGUCCGUGUGACUGUGAGUCCGAAGGCUCCCGUUUUCCGGGUGGAAAAUAUACAAGACAACAAGUGUCGCCUGAUGCUGCCGGACCCGGUGGUGGAACCGCACGUGGAUAGUGGUUUGAUAGGAAAGGCGUUCGCGGAAUACGGCCUCUCAACAAGCUUGCAGAGCGAGUUGGAGGAAAACGCGGGCACAAUGUGCUCGUUCCACAACCUGCGACUACCAGCAUGGUUCAGAACGCAAUCCCGUGAAGAGGCGGGAACGCUACAACGAGCGGUCUUGGUGGUACGACGUGCACUGAGCUCGGAGCACGCCAGUGCACGCCAAAACUUUUCACUCGCAACGUACAUUCGGCCCGACGUGUUGCCACCUCCAAGCGUAAUGAAUGGAAGACGCCGUGCGAAAUGUUUAGCGAGCCUACCCGACUUCGAGCGUCGUCAAGACAAGUACAGCAAAAUACUGGAUGACGCUUCACACAGACUUGUAACUUCUCGCGCUGUCGCUCGUUUCUGGAAGACGGAAGUCCUCCUCUGGGUCACAUUCUGGUCUACAGCGAAAAUGGUCUGGAAACGGAAGCAUUUACGUCUCUGGCUCCACCCGUACGGUCCUGACCUGAUCAUCAGUGAUAAGGAUGGUGGUGUUAUGCGUACUGUCAUUGACUAUUCCAAUUACUCUCAACGAAUUUUCGCUUCUUCAGACAGCGUCGUCCCCGUUGAAGUAUCUGUACUCAACGGUGAUGCAAUCAAAAUGACCUACCUCGACUCAUUCGAUCAACCAGAUAAACACGUUUGGAUCGCCUUCCCUGACGCUGCAGGCAUCAAAGAUUUCCAACAAGCAGUAGCAACUGUCGCCUUCAUCAAAGACAGGAGAAAACGGGUCUCGGACGAAAACCUCGCUCAACGCUCUGACUACGGCCUCUUUAACACCACUACACACCAAACCAGGUUCUCCCAAUAG